GUUUUGACCUUGCCGCGUAUCAAGACCUUCGCGCAAUUCGCCCGGUGCCAUGUCGGUAGUGGUGGCAAAGAAAGUCAGGGAGGCCAAGGAGAAGCAACGAGACGCUGAGCGAGACAAGCGCAAGGAUCGUCUGGACGAGCUCUUCAAAGAGCUGGACAGCUCGGGGGAUGGCACUCUGGAUGCUUCGGAGGUGAAGCACCUGCUGACGAGCCUGGCUGACGGCCGGGAGCCGGAUGAGGAGGAGCUGGGCUUCAUCAUGAAGACCAGCGGCUGCCAAGCCAGCCAGCGCAUCAGCCGCGAACAGCUGGCCGGCGCCAUUGAGAGUUGGACGCUGUACCUACAGGAGUUCGGCAACGAAGGCAGCGCUGGCAAGGUGCUGUUCGACAAGCACGACAAGUCCCAGACCGGGAAGCUGGACCGAGAAGAGCUCGCCGGCUUGCUACAGGAGCUGGCUGGUCGCCCUGCCUCCGAGGCAGACCUGGACUGGAUCCUCGCCAAGGCCGACGUGCUGGGCGAUGGCAUGAUCGCAAAGAUCGAGUUGAGCCAAGCCAUUGCGCUCUGGCUCCAGCGCCUCGCGGAGGAUAUGGAGGCGGAGGAAACCACGGCGUCGCAGACGUCCAAAGGCUCCAAGUCCUCUGUGUGUACACUACUCUGAGCGGUCGGCUGGCCAAGAGUCUCACUCGAUGGCGUUGCUGGCUGAUGUUGGAGUCUUUCAUGGU